CCGAGAAACACAAUUGCUCCCAGACGACUCGAGAAGUGGGUGGAUUGGAAAGUGGACGUGAACGGUCACUUCUCUUCCGAUGAUUAAGUGGGGGUGUUGAGGGCGCGCACAAACGAUCCGGACAGCCCCUAUCGUCUGCCGGGGCGGCACAUGAAGUUAAAGCAGUUCGGGCGCGUGGGUGAGAAGGACGGCUGCAUGUUGGCUUCCCAACCAACUCUUUCCAUGUGUCUCUUACUUUUAGCAGCGGCGGUGGGAUGCAUCUUUCAAGGUGUGCUGACGUUACAGAUCAAAGCAUUACAAGUACCAGAGAGUAUCGAGGCUGGUCAAGUGGUCCGACUCGUUUGUGUUUUUGACGCAGAGCAAGAAGAUCUUUACUCAGUCAAGUGGUACAAAGACGAUAUAGAAUUCUUUCGUUUCCUACCUAAAGACAAGCCAGCCAAUCAGUUUUUCGAAAUAAGAGACGUCGAUGUAGAUAUGAGCCGAUCAUCAAACGGAACAGUAUUUCUAAAGAACACCAGUAGAUCAGCCGAAGGAACUUACAGGUGCGAAGUUUCCGCAGAUGCUCCCUCGUUCCAGUCCAUAUUUUCAGAAAAAUUCAUGGCCGUCGAAGAUAGACCUGUAGCGAAAUCGCAAUCUGCUGCUCAUGUUUGUACGUGGACAAAGUUCAGUAUGGCGUUAUUAGUUCUCCUUUUUCGCCAAUGAUAUAAGUAGUGGCCAAGUAACUUAUCCACUGUGCCUGACGAAGCAGUAGUCGCUUUUUGAAGUUAGAGGAUUAUGUAACUUCGAAUCAGCAAAGCUGUUUAUUAUUUCAUGGAACAACUGUCGGAAUAUUCAACGAAAGUUGAUAUGAUUGUGAGCUUUUUGCCAGUAAUACUUAGUGAGGACCUAUCAUACCCGAACAUGUCCAGUAUGAAGUAUUAUAGUUACUGGAACUACAAUAAAAAUCAAUCAAGAUGUUUGACCUAGUGGGCACUGAUUUUCGAUCUGUAUAUCGAGAAGUAUUACAUCUAAAGAGUACAUGUUUUUUUUUCGAUUUGACAACAAUGCGUUGAAUAAUUUCAUAAGUAAUUGCACAUUUUGUUUAAUUUCUGCAACAAUUCAAGGUUACAAAACAGUUUCUGCGGAUAUUUAAAAAGCGCUUACUGGUGCUAUAUAAAUUUAUUAAUCGUUGUUCAUAUUUAUAAAACAUUCAGAAAUUGUUUGAACAUUCUAAAUUGCGUUUUUAACAAAAACGUAAGACAAAAUAGUAAUAUAUAUAUAGCAUUCCUAAAAAAUCUAAAUUGUUCCACGUACAACCACCUGUUAUGUUUCUAUGUUUAAUAGGUAAAGAAAAACGUGUUUCUAAGUUAUUAAACUAAUGAUACUAAUGAAUUAUUAAAUAAUAUAUUCUUAUUGAUUUAGUUAAGUAUUAUGUAUAAAGCGACAAAAAGUGUCAAAACUUUUGAGGCAAAAAAUGUAAUUAAAAUUUUUUUCUUCAAUUCAAAAAAAUACAAACCGUCUGUAUUUAAUAAAUAUUUGAUGAAUUUUGAAGAGAAAUUUAGAUCUGUCUUCAAAAUUUGUUUCGAUUUUCGUAAUCUUGUUCUUAAAUAUUUCUCGAUCUGAAAAGAAAUUAUUGUGCAGUCACAGCUUUUUAUUUCAACGCUUAUAAGUCGAAGCUUUAAGUUGAAAAAAAAAUUUAUGGUCUUAAAAAAAGUGCCAAAAAGACUGUUGCUUGGUGAUGAUUUUAUUUUCAAUAUUGCUGUACAAGAACUGUUUGAAAUAUGAAAAUG